AGCUGUCCCGCGUACUUUCCGAGCAUCUUCCUUUCUCCUUUCUCGAGGGGGACGUCGCCAAACCUGAAAGAAUGGACGACGACUUCGACGACUUCUUCAACGAGGGCUUCGAAGAGGAGGCGCACGCCGACGUCCCGUUUGCGCACCCGCCCGUCCAACUUGGCAGCGCCGCCGCCGCGGAAUUUGGUGACGUUGCCGGACUCGACGACGGCACGCAGAUCGGCUCCUCUGCUGCCAUAAAUCUAGACGGCGAUGAAGUGCCCCUCCCCAUCGCCAACGUGCAGGAGUACCUGCCGAACGUCUCGCCGGAUGCAUUCCCGGUCGUUGUCGCGGUUCAAGCGCAGGCAAGCAUCUCCGUUGGCAUCGACCUCGCCCAACUCAGCUGCGCCACGCGCAACGUGGAGUACAUGCCGAACAACCGCAUCCCCUCCGCCACGAUGCGACUGCACGAGCCGACGGCGGUCGUCAUGGUGCACAACUCCGGCGCGCUGAACAUCAUCGGCGCCGCCAGCGUGAGCGAGGCGCGGCAGGCCGCCGAACUCGCCGCUCGCGUGAUUCGCAAGGCCCUCAAUUUGGACUUCACCUCGCUGAAGUUUCGUGUGCGGUCUAUCACCGCUCGUUUCAACGUGUGCAGCCCGGUUCGCCUGAACGAGCUCGCGCGCUACCAGGUGGAUCCGGCCACGUCGGUGGGCGUCGCGGUGGUGCAGGGCAGCUACGAGCCGGAGCGGUUCAACGGCUGCGUGCUGCGCUUUUUAGGCAAGUCGACCCGUGGAGACAAUCAAUGGAGUGUGAGCUGCAGCGUCUUUGUGACGGGCAAGGUGCAGCUGAUGGGAGCGCGGAGUAUGGAUGAGCUGCGCUUUGCUUUCCACGCCUUUGUGCCGGUCGUGGCGCAGUACCUCGGCACCACCAAUACAGCAGCUUCAUAG